AUGUUCCCCCUGUACCUUAUAAAGACCAUGAUGAUUGGUAUUUGCGAUGGCCUUAUUGCUCUUCUUUCUUUUGAUAUUCCAAUGUCUCAUCGAGAUAUAAAGCCUGGGAAUGUUCUUUUGUUUGAAGAAAUGAGACCAGUUUUAAUGGAUUUUGGCUCUGCUACUCCCUCCAUUCUUCCUAUUGAGAGCAUUAGAGAUGCAGAAAAAUGGAAGGAGUUUGCUGAGGAAAACUGUUCACUAACUUAUCGGGCUCCAGAGUUGUUUAAUCCAAUAACUUACGAAACCAUAACCGAGAAAGCUGAUGUUUGGUCCCUAGGAUGUCUAUUUUAUGCUCUGAUUUUUUUCAAAUCCCCAAUGGAUUUCGUUCAUGCGCGGGGUGAUAGCGUUGCUCUUGCUGCUUGUUCAGCUAAUAUAUAUUUCCCAAUAGAUUCGUGUUCAAAAGUUCCACUAGAAUUGAUAAAGUUAAUGAAAGCAAUGCUAUCCGCUAAUCCUCAAGAUCGUCCCUCACUUACUCAAAUUGUGGAGUCCUUCAAAAACCUACCUGAAGAAAUCAUGUAUUGUAACAACCAAAGUGCAAUAACUUAUUCUUUGUAA